CGUAAGUGCAAUUGGUAGUCAUUGCACAGAGGCUCUUCUUGUUCUUGCUUCUUUGUUCCAGUUUAAAAAAAUAAACAAAACGAAUUUGUGAAACCAUUCUAUCAUUCUAGCAUCAAAAUGUUGUUGCCGUUCCUCUGCGCACUUUUUGCGUUUCCCCUUACAGCACAAGCAAACUUGGAAAAGCGUUUGGAUGCCGCUGCAGUGUAUUUUCAACCGGAGCAAAUCCAUUUGUCAUAUGGAGAGAGAUUAAAUGACAUAGUCGUAACGUGGUCUACACGCAAUGCCACAAAUCAGUCUGCAGUACUUUUUGGCGAAAGCUUCCGAAAACCACAGUCGCUUGAAAGGGCUGAGGGAGUUUCAAAACUAUUUGUGGACGGUGGACCAAAAGGUUCCACUCAGUACAUUCACAAAGUAACUCUGAGCGGACUAAGACCGAGACAGCGUUACGAAUAUAAUUGUGGCAGCGAUUUAGGUUGGUCGGCAACAUAUUCCUUCGUCGUGCCACCGUUGGGGGAAAACUGGUCACCUUCCUUGGCCAUAUACGGCGAUAUGGGAAAUGAAAACGCACAAUCGUUAUCCCGCUUGCAACAGGACACACAAAGGGGAAUGUAUGAUGCCAUCAUUCAUGUGGGAGACUUUGCAUACGAUAUGGACACAGACAAUGCCGAGGUCGGAGAUGCCUUUAUGCGUCAAAUCGAGUCCAUUGCCGCCUACGUCCCUUAUAUGGUUUGUCCUGGCAACCACGAGGAAAAAUACAAUUUCUCCAACUACAAAACCAGAUUCAGUAUGCCCGGUAGUCAUGACAGCUUGUGGUACAGCUUCAAUCUGGGACCUGUCCAUUUUGUCUCCUUCUCUACUGAGGUCUAUUACUUUCUUAACUACGGCUACAAGCUGCUAACAAAACAGUAUGAAUGGCUGGAAAAUGAUCUAAAGGAAGCGAAUAGACCGGAAAAUAGAGCAAUCCGUCCCUGGAUAAUUACGUAUGGUCACAGGCCCAUGUACUGCAGCGAUGACAAGGAGUAUGACUGCAAUGAUAAACUGGAGACGUAUAUUCGCAAAGGCCUGCCCAUUGUGAAAAUGUUUGGUUUGGAAGACUUGUUCUACAAGUAUGGCGUUGAUGUGGAAUUUUUUGCUCACGAACAUUUCUACACCCGGCUGUGGCCGAUUUAUGAUUUUAAGGUCUACAACGGUUCGACGGAGAAUCCAUACACAAAUGCAAAAGCCCCUAUCCAGAUUAUAACUGGCUCUGCAGGCUGCAACGAGAACCGGGAACCGUUUUCUAAAGUACUGCCCGAGUGGAACGCCUUCCACAGUAAUGACUAUGGGUACACCCGCAUGAAGGCUUUCAACGCCACCCAUCUGUAUUUGGAACAAGUCUCUGACGACAAGAACGGGAAUAUUGUUGAUUCCUUUUGGAUAAUCAAAGACAAGCACUGUUCCUACGCUGAUAUGUGAUUUUCCCCGCUUCUUCACUGGGAGCAUGCUGCUUGCAAUUUUAUCCUAUUGUAAUAUGCGAUGAAAUCCUCUUGCUUUUAUGCUGUGACCCAAAAUUUUGACGUGUUAGCUGUAGUGGACAAUAUACGUUUCAUUUAUCUUUAUUCACAUAUAUAUGUAAUUAUUAUUGACUGUCGCAAAAUUGACUCUUUUAUUGAUAAUACAUUCUCUAUACUCAA